CAAAGAGGUCAAGAGGAGGGGAGGAGAAACCACGUGUGAUCACCACCAUGUACAGCACUGUCCUUCCUCGGUAGACUUGUUUUUGUAAGCCUGUACCCUUCGCAUGUAGCCAGCUCGCCCUCGUUAUCCGGAGAAGCAGAUUUCUUUUUGUAUUUCUUUACACAGACUCACAUAUUCAAGCGACCCUGCUGGGGGAUUUGUGUUGCCACACUGACUGCCGACCAUGGUGAGCAAGACAGAUGACAUCCCGGCGUCAGUGCCUAACUGUAAUCCGGUUGAUCUUGCGGAUGAAGCCGGGGAUGGAGCCGGGGACAGCAAAGAAACCAGCAAGACAAGUGUGAAGGAUUCCUGCGGUUGUGGGCACAGUGCAGAUACAGCCAUGGUGAAUGGUGACGGGGCUCAUGGGCACACAGAGGAGGCAGAAUCAAAGCAGGAUGGAAACGGUGAGGCAGACGGAGGAGAGGAGUCUAACGAACAGGAAGUGAUAGUGAUCCAGGACACGGGCUUCACCGUUAAGAUCCAGGCACCUGGAACAGAGCCAUUUGACCUGCAGGUAUCUCCCCAGGAAAUGGUACAGGAGAUCCACCAGGUAUUGAUGGACCGCGAGGACACCUGCCACCGCACCUGCUUCUCCCUGCAGCUGGAUGGAAACGUCCUGGACAACUUCGCUGAGCUCAAGUCCAUCGAGGGCUUGCAGGAGGGCUCGCUCCUCAAAGUGGUGGAAGAGCCCUACACAGUGCGCGAGGCCCGCAUCCACGUGCGUCACAUCAGAGACCUGCUGAAAAGUCUGGACCCCUCAGACGCCUACAACGGAGUGGACUGCAACUCCCUCUCCUUCCUCAGCAUCUUCACUGAUGGAGACCUCGGAGAUAGUGGUAAGCGAAAGAAAAAGGGCAACGAGCUGGAGCAGAUUGACUGCACCCCCCCAGAGCACAUCCUGCCCGGCAGCAAAGAGCGCCCUCUGGUGCCCCUCCAGCCACAGAACAAGGACUGGAAGCCUAUGCAGUGCCUGAAAGUCCUGACCAUGAGCGGCUGGAACCCUCCUCCUGGAAACAGGAAGAUGCACGGCGACCUCAUGUACCUGUACAUGGUGACUGUGGAGGAGCGCCAUGUCAGCAUCACUGCCUCUACACGCGGCUUCUACCUCAACCAAUCUACUACCUAUACCUUCAACCCUAAGCCAGCCAACCCCAGCUUCCUGAGCCAUUCACUGGUGGAGCUGCUGAGCCAGAUCAGCCCUGCCUUCAAGAAGAACUUCACUGCCCUGCAAAAGAAAAGGGUCCAGAGACACCCGUUUGAGAGGAUAGCCACUCCUUUCCAGGUGUACAGCUGGACAGCUCCACAGGUAGACCAUGCCAUGGACUGUGUUAGAGCUGAGGACGCCUACACCUCCCGCCUGGGUUAUGAGGAGCACAUACCUGGACAGACCAGAGAUUGGAACGAGGAGCUGCAAACCACCAGAGAGCUGCCCCGGAAGAACCUGCCUGAACGUCUGCUGAGGGAGCGGGCCAUAUUCAAGGUCCACAGUGACUUCGCAGCAGCUGCCACUCGAGGCGCCAUGGCAGUCAUCGACGGCAACGUAAUGGCCAUCAACCCCGGCGAGGAAACGCGCAUGCAGAUGUUCAUCUGGAACAACAUCUUCUUCAGCCUGGGCUUCGACGUGCGGGACCACUAUCGUGAGCUGGGUGGAGAUGCUGCCGCCCACGCUGCACCCACCAAUGACUUGAACGGGGUACGGGCUUACGGGGCAGUGGAUGUGGAGGGUCUGUACACUCUGGGGACAGUGGUGGUGGACUACAGAGGCUACCGUGUCACCGCCCAGUCCAUCAUCCCCGGUAUCCUGGAGCGUGAGCAGGAGCAGAGCGUCAUCUACGGCUCCAUUGACUUUGGAAAGACGGUCGUGUCUCACAGCAAAUACCUGGAGCUGCUGGAGAAAACCAGCAGACCACUUAAGGUCCAGAGGCACAGCGUACUGAACGAGAAGAACGAGACAGUGGAGCUGUGCUCCUCUGUUGAGUGUAAGGGCAUCAUCGGAAAUGAUGGUCGACACUACAUUCUGGACCUUCUUCGUACCUUCCCUCCUGACCUCAACUUCCUGCCUGUGGAUGGAGAGGAGCUGCCUCCAGAGAGUCAGCGCCAAGGCUUCCCCCGCCAGCACCGCCACCGCCUGGCUUGUCUACGCCAAGAGCUCAUCGAGGCCUUUGUUGAGCACAGAUAUCUUCUCUUCAUGAAGAUGGCAGCGUUACAGCUCAUGCAACAGAAAGCAAACAAGGACACUAAGACUGAUACACCUGCCAUCACAGAAACCUCUGAAACGAUCUCAGAAAGCAAUGCUGACACAACCCAGACACAGACCACUGAAGCAUCAGAUUCCCCGAGUGCAACAGAGGUCUCCACGGACAGCACAAGCCAGACAGACAACAGCACGUCUGCUGCUUCACAGGCAGCGACUGACGGUGAAGAAACCUCCUCAAAGCCCGCCACAAACGGGCCUCUAGACCUUGCAGCCACUCAGAAUGGGGAAUGCAAGAGCCCACUGGAGGGUAAGGAGCUUGAGGAAAGUAUUCCGGGAUUAGCUCAGGCCAAAGAGCUGGCGGAGACCUUAGUUGCCGAAGAUGGAUCAUGUAUUGAUCCCAAAAGCCGCGAGGUAGUCCUCAAUGCCUGCAAGGCAGUAGGCUCCAUCAGCAACACGUCUUUCGACAUUCGGUUCAACCCCGACAUCUUCUCCCCAGGAGUACGUUUCCCAGACGACAGCGCAGAUGACAUCCAGAAGCAGAAGCAGCUUCUCAAAGAUGCUGCAGCCUUCAUGGUGUCCUGUCAGGUCCCGUCACUGGUUAAAGACUGUUUGGACCACAGCGCGCUGCCCAUGGAUGGAGCCACACUGACUGAGGCUUUGCGCCAGAGAGGCAUCAACAUUCGCUAUUUGGGCUCUGUUCUGGAGUUUGUGGACAAGACCCCUGCUAAAACCCAGCUGGAGCACUUCUAUAGAAUAGGAAUCAGUGAGCUAAUCACCAGAUGUGCAAAACAUAUCUUCAAGACAUACCUCCAGGGCGUGGAGUUGUCUGCCCUCUCUGCUGCUGUAAGCCAUUUCCUAAACUGCUUCCUGAGCUCCUUCCCCGAUGCUGUCGCCCACCUGCCUCCCGACGAGCUGGUGUCACGCCGCAAAAGCCGCAAGCGUCGCAACAGGGUCCCCGGCGGCGGUGACAACACGGCGUGGGCCAGCUUGACGCCCAGCGAGUUGUGGAAGAACAUUGCCUCUGAGGCCCAGAGCUAUUAUCACUUCACAGUACAGUGUGAUAGUGUGGACCAGGUGGUGGAGAAAUACGGCCUCCAGAAAAUCACUCUGCUUAGAGAAAUUUCGAUCAAAACUGGCAUCCAGAUCCUGAUAAAGGAGUAUAACUUCGACAGCCGCCACAAGCCAGCCUUCACCGAGGAGGACAUCCUGAACAUUUUCCCUGUUGUGAAGCAUGUGAACCCCAAAGCCUCAGAUGCCUUCCACUUCUUCCAGAGUGGACAGGCCAAAGUGCAGCAAGGGUUCCUGAAGGAGGGCUGUGAGCUGAUCAAUGAGGCUCUUAACCUCUUCAACAAUGUGUAUGGAGCCAUGCACGUAGAGAUCUGUGCCUGCCUGCGUCUGCUGGCACGCCUUAAUUACAUCAUGGGAGACCACGCUGAGGCUCUUAGCAACCAGCAAAAGGCUGUUCUGAUGAGUGAAAGAGUCCUUGGCAUCGAGCACCCCAAUACAAUUCAAGAAUAUAUGCACUUGGCUCUGUACUGCUUUGCCAAUGGGCAGCUGUCCACCGCCCUGAAGCUUCUUUAUCGCGCCCGUUAUCUCAUGUUGAUGGUUAGCGGGGAGGACCACCCAGAGAUGGCGCUGCUAGACAGUAACAUCGGGCUGGUGCUGCACGGAGUGAUGGAGUAUGAUUUAUCGCUCAGAUUCCUGGAGAACGCCUUGACCAUCAACACCAAGUACCAUGGACCCCGGUCCCUCAAAGUGGCCCUCAGCCAUCAUUUGGUUGCGAGGGUUUAUGAGAGCAAGGCUGAGUUCCGCUCCGCACUACAGCACGAGAAGGAGGGUUACACCAUCUACAAGAACCAGAUGGGUGAGGCACAUGAGAAAACUAAGGAGAGCUCAGAGUACCUGAAGUAUCUCACCCAACAGGCUGUAGCUCUGCAGAGAACCAUGAAUGAGAUCUACAAGAACGGCUCCAACGCCAGUAUCAUGCCCCUCAAGUUCACCGCUCCCAGCAUGGCCAGUGUGCUGGAACAGCUCAACAUCAUCAACGGUAUCAUCUUUAUACCCCUCAGCCAAAAGGAUCUGGAGAACCUGAAGGCAGAGGUGCAUAGGCGGCAGCUGCUUCAGGAGCUGGGAAAGAAUGAGGAGCCCACUGAGGACAGCCCACUUGAACUAGAGGACAAAAUUCCCAUUGAUUAAUAAAUCUAAAAGUCCUCAACACAGCUACUUUCUGCUAUUCGGGGUGGGAGGGGGGAGAGGCCGUGACGUAACAGCCAUGUCACUGAGCCUGUGGACCUGAGAACAGAGCAAUCAGCAUUGAAAUAAACAGGGGGAGGGAUGGGUGAGGGCAGUCCAGAGAGCAAACUGUAUGAACUGUAGGACAAAGGAAUACAGAGCGGGAAUUUCCUACAAGGUAGGAAAAGAGAGAGAGGAGAGAGUACAAACAACAUAGAAUCAAUGUAACGUGCAAUCUGAAAUAUCCCGGGCCCAAGUACCUGGCGAUGAACGAAGUAGCUGCUUAGAAAUAUGAUUGCAUAUGAAAGCGCGGUUGCAGCCGGGGGAGGGGGAGACCAAGGAAGACCAUGACAUUGUAUACCAGAGCCUUAUCCACUGUACCAUAUUCCCCCAAUAAUGCUUCUUCUCAGCUCAAACGUCCCCCAGCACUGUUAGCCCAGGACCAUUUUUUUUUUUUUUUUGCCCCGCCAUUCCCUAAAGAGCCUCGAAGACCCUCGGGCAUGUAGCCGCCCCGCCUCCCCCCCCCCUUAAAUGGUGCUCUAAAUGAUAAAGCACCUACCCUGUCCUAGAACUCAGGGGUACUUUCUACUGUGCACUAAGACCAGAAUACAGUCACUAAAUUUGAGAUUUUUCAAGUGGGGCUUCAGAAUGUAAAUUCCCUUCUCAGUGGCUUCUUUGAGCCUCUUUGCAGCAGCCACCCAUCACUCUUACACGUCCCCGAAGGUUAAUUAAUGUAAUCGUUCUAUCAUUUGUACGUACGACAUCCCAGGUGGGUGCCUGCUGUGUCCUAUGGUUCCUGUUUAUCAAAGCAAGCAAACAAUACAGUGACACAUUAGUGAGCUUUCAGCCGGUUUGAUUUCUUUUGCUGGAAUUUCUUUUCUUUACUUUUUUUUUUUUACUUUUUUUUUUUUAGUAAAUAAAAUGGAUUUUGUAAAAGUGCACAGGAGAAUUAAGAAGGUAUUUUAGGCCUGUUGAUCAUCCAUUAAUUUAAGCCAUGUCUUUUUUAUAGAAAAUGUAUAGAAGUGGAAAAAGAUGUAUAAAUCUCUAUCAGAUUUAGACAGGUACUUGAUUGACGUUAAUGGAAAAACGCAGAUUUGAAACGUCCACCAUAAGCAGUAGAUUUAUCUAUCUAUAUACUAGCUGUGUUCAAUCUUCUAUUUUUACACAUUGAAAGAUUAUGUGCAUGUAUGUUUGUAUGUGUGUGACGAUGUGUGUGUCUUUGUGUGUAGUCCAACAGAAAAUCUAUUGGCCAGGGCUGUUGCUGCUUUUGCUGCUGCAUAGUUUGAUUAGAGGCUAAGCGAACAUUGGCUUUCCAAAUGUUUUAUUUUUCUACUCAUAGUAAACCUGUUGGAUGGCUGAUGCCUCUUUUCUUGAAACAUUCAUGGCCACCAAUGUUGUAAAUCUGUUAAUGUAUGAACUGGUACUGAAAUGAACCUUUUCUCACUAUUGGACAGGUGCUCAACAUUGGCAGUAGUGACUGAUUUAUUGUUGCUGGGUGUGUGUUUCCUUUUUAUUUUCUUUUUCCAUUAUCGGGUCAUCUUUUCAUAUGUAACGGAGACAAAAACCAGCCAGGAGUGUCUGUUCAUUGAGCAGUGUUUAGCGCACUUUCUCGUGCUGUUUUUGGAUGUGUGAUCAUGUUCACAGCACAACCAAAAGUGGACAAAAGAAGGGCUGCCUCAAUGUUAUGUACCAAAAAAAAAAAGACUGAUGAAAGGUUUGUUUGCGCUUGUAUACAUGCAAUGUAUCCCUCCCAUGGCAAUUUGUUACUUAAUUGUUGCCGUGUCUAACUGUUUGUGAUUAAAGCAAUAGAGAGAUGGUGCUGGAA